AUGCCGAGCGCAUCGCAUAUUGCAACAUGGGGCCUGCUCCCCAUCACCCUGGGCGCAGUCUACCUCUACCUCCUCGAGCGACGGAUCGCACGUGCGGCGACUCUGUCGAGCGGACGCCGCGCGCACCGCCCGUCAGCAGCAGCAGCAGCCUCAUCGUCAGCAGCGGCGGAGACGCCACCACUGCCCCUCAGCCUGCCGCAGGACGUCGCAUCCGACCCCUCCACCUGGGUCCUCGCCUACGAGCGCGCCGUGUCGAACCCCGUGCCCGCGCGGCGCGUGUCGCGACACCAGCGGCAGCCCAAGGCGCCGGACGCCCACUCGUCAGCAGGCAGAACAGAGGCGUCGCCGCUGCUGCGCGCCUACGCGAGAACGGUGCAGUCGGCGUUCAGCUGGACGCCGCAGGCGUUUGCCAUUCGGGCGUCGAUUCCCGAGCCGGCGAUUCGGCGGAGCUUCGACGCGGCGUGGAUCCAGAACCUGGCGUUCGACGAGGACGACCUCGUCAACGGCGUGUACAAGGUCACGUACCGUGGGCCCGGCCACGUGCCCGGCUCGGCGCGCAUCGAGCUCGUCAUUGAGGCGCCGCCUUCUUGGACGGGGCCGGAGGUACGGGGCAUCAUCGUCGCCGAGGUGCGGGGUGGGGCCGAGACCGAGGCCGAAGCCGAGGCCGCGCGGCAGGUCGUGUUUGUCAACGAGACGUGGCUUUGGCGGCGGGAGGGCGAAAAGGCGACGAUGCUGGAGACGGCGGUGGGGAAGUGGUUUCACGGGCUGCUGGCGGGGUGGCUCGUCAUGAGGGGGAUUGCGGGGGUGACGACUGAAAAGGCUUGA